AUGUGGAAUUUGCCAGAAACUGAAAGUGGCAUUCUUUCAGCUUUGAGAUUAAGCUAUAGUCAUCUUUCUUCCCAUUUGAAGCAGUGUUUUGCUUACUGCGCAAUCUUUCCUAAAGAUUAUGAGUUCGAGGAGGGUGAGCUAGUUUCCCUGUGGAUGUCAGAGGGUUUUCUGAAGAAAAAAAUGAAAAAGAAGCACAUGGAAGACUUAGGCCAUGAAUAUUUUCGUGAUUUAUCAUCAAGGUCGUUUUUUCAACGAUCUAGUAGCAACAUAUCACGAUUUAUAAUGCAUGAUCUUAUAAGUGAUCUUGCUCGGUUUGUAAGUGGAGAAAUAUGCUUUUACUUGGAUGACACGAAGAAGGAACCAUGCUCAGUAGAAUCAUAUGCUGCAGUUCGCCACUCUUCAUUCACUUCUCAUAGAUAUGAAAUUUCUCAAAGAUUUGAUGUCUUCUAUGAAAUGAAGAACUUGCGAACAUUCUUAGCAUUGCCAACUUAUUUAUCACAGUCAAGGCCUUAUCACUUAUCUAGCAAGGUGUUGGAUGAUUUAGUGCCAAAAUUAAAAUGUUUAAGGGCAUUGUCACUAGCUGGUUAUUCUAUUGAGGAAUUGCCAAAUUCUACUGGUACCUUAAAGCGUUUACGUUACCUUAACUUGUCCUAUACUUGGAUUAAAAGAUUACCUGAAUCGUUGGGUGAACUCUUCAACUUGCAGACUUUGAGGUUACGUGGGUGCCGGAAGCUUGUUGAGUUGCCCACAUGUGUUGUCAAUUUAAUUAAUUUGCAGUGCCUUGAUAUUAGAGAUACAGAUGGGUUGCAGGAGAUGCCUCCGCAGAUAAGCAAAUUGAUAAAUCUUCGCAUGUUGCCUAAGUUUAUCGUGGGAGAAGGAAAAGGGCUUGGGAUAACGGAGUUGAUGAAGCUUUCGCAUUUACAAGGGCAGCUUAAAAUAGAGGGGUUGCUUAAGGUGAAUAUUCGAGAUGCAGAACUUGCAAAACUGAAAGAGAAGACAGGUCUAUGUGACUUAGCCUUGCAUUGGAUUAGUAAUUUUGAUGAUUCACUACGAAAUGAAAGGAAUGAACUGCAUGUCCUUGACUCAUUAAAGCCUCACCGAAGUCUAGAAAAGCUUUCAGUUACAUCAUAUGGCGGUACCGAGUUUCCAUCAUGGAUAGGGGAUAGCUGUUAUUCUAAAAUGGUGCACCUAAAGCUUCUUACAUGUCGUAAGAUCACAUCACUUUCAUCGGUUGGAAAACUCCCUGCUCUAAGGCAUUUGAGCAUAGAAGGAAUGGAUGGGGUGAAAGAAGUGUAUGCUGAGGAUUUCCAAUCUCUUGAGACUUUGUACAUCGGAGAUAUGUUGGGGUGGGAGCAAUGGUUUUGGUCUGACGGUAUCAAUGAAAGUACUUGGGGAAAAUUUCCUAAACUCAGUGAACUUACCUUGAUAAAUUGUCCGAGGUUGAUUGGAGAUUUGCCAAGUUGCCUUCCUUCCCUCAAAAAGCUUCACGUUGAAAAAUGUCAAGGGGUGGUUCUUGCUCUCAGAGCGGCGCCUGAUCUAACAUCCCUCUCAAGCUUACAAUUAAUUCAAAUUUCCGGCCUUGUAAGUUUACAUGAAGAGCUCGUGCAGGCCUUGGUGGCGCUUGAAGAUCUUGAUCUUGUAUGUUGUAAUGAAUUGACGUACUUGUGGCAAGAUGGGGUUGAUUUAGACAAACUUUCUAGUUUAAAACAUUUACAGAUCGUUGAAUGUGAGCAGCUCGUGUCGCUGGUAGAGGGUGAGGAAGGGGUUUUGCCUUGCAAUCUUGAGGUUUUGACAGUGGAAGACUGUUGUAACUUGGGGAAGCUGGCAAAUGGGCUGAACAGCCUCACAUCGCUCAGAGACUUGACAAUACUUAGAUGCAGAAAACUAGUGUGCUUUUCUGAAGGAGCAGGUUUGCCCCUCUCUCUCAAACGUCUUGUGAUUUCAAAUUGUGAUUCUCUGAGAUCGUUGCCCGAUGGAAUGAUGACAAUGGUGAACUACAGCGAUUGUAACCAGUGCCUUCUUGAAGUGUUGUUAGUUGCUGCUUGUCCAUCCCUAAAAUCUCUUCCUAAGGGGAAGUUGCCAAAAACACUCAGGUUCUUGAACAUUUCUUGGGAUAACCAAGAGUCUCUUCCAGAGGGGAUUUUGCAACGUGAUGCAAGGGAGACUUCUCGCUCUAAUCUUGAGCAUUUAACACUACACAGUUUAUCUGCCCCAUCCUUUCCAACUGGCGAGUUUCCUAUUUCUCUAAAGGAACUUAAUAUUGUCAAUUGCAGAAUACCGUCAUUACCAUCCCUGCAUUUCCUCUUCCAUCUCACUGAGUUGAGGAUAAUGAGGUGCAAUGAGUUGAAGUCGUUCCCCAAAGGGGGCUUGCCCCUCCCAAAUCUCAUCUCUCUUUUCAUAUACCUUUGUGAAAAGUUGAGGUCCCUACCCACUCACAUGGAUAGCCUCAAGUCUCUUCAAGAUUUAAGCAUAUCUAAUUGUCACCGUCUGGAUUCCUUACCGGAAAGGGGUUUGCCACCUAACCUGACUUCACUCCAAAUUAUAAAUUGCAAAAUUUCACUGCCAAUCUCAGAGUGGGGACUCCGCAUGCUCACUUCUCUUAAACGAUUCUUAGUCAGAUCUACAAUAGAUGUAGAUCGCUUUCCGGAUGAUGAAGGUCUGCUACUUCCCCCUUCGUUAACUUUUCUUGAGAUCUCUAAUCAGGAGAAUCUUAAAUCGAUAUCCAGAGGCCUCCAACACCUCACCUCCCUUGAAGUAUUAAACAUUUUUGAGUGCCCUAUACCCUGGUUCUUCCCCAGGGAGGGCUUCCCUCUCUCACUUGGACGUAUAGGUAUCCGUAGCAGCCCUCUUCUGGAGGAACAAUGCUUGAAAGAAAAAGGAGAUUAUUGGUCCAUCAUUGCCCACAUCCCCGAAGUUUAUAUCUCGUAAGAUGCCGUUGAUUCUUCAGUUUUUUGUUGUGCAGGAUUUGAACGAGAAAAAAAAACAGAGAAUCAGGCAAUUAAUGGAUUAACUUGAGGAAAUAAGUUUGGCUGGUCUGUUGUCCAGGCUGGAACCUCUGCAAGUUGCAACUCCAACAUAAUUUUUUGUGAUCAUGAGCAAGUAUCAAGUCUCCAUCACUUAAUAUUAGGGAUCCGAGAUUUUAUGGUGGCUUAGGUUCCGACAGACAGUCUUCAAUCAAACGAAGAGGCUUGCCUGUUUCAUCAUCUUUAACAUACAAGUUUAGGAGACUUAUAGGCAUUCUAUUAUUCUUGGAUGCAAUUCGGUGUCUGAUGUUCAUUUAUGCGGGCAAACUUUACUUUACAAGCCUGUGCAGAGGCCAAAUGAAAGGCUGCAUCUCAAAUCAGUGGUGGCAAAAAGUAAAGCGAACUAAACUAGAAAUUUUGUAAUGCAGAUGCAAAAUGUGUGGAGGCAAAUUUCAUCAUGUUAUUCACAGCAAUGAGUUGUACCGCAUGAACGGUUCUCAUCGUUGAGAGGACUCCUUCUCUGGGUCUUUUCAGCACACGUCUACACAGCGUAGCUUUACCUCUUUCUUAUUGUUUGAAACCCAUUGUUGAAGAGGGUGAGGAAUUUGUUCCUGUGAGAAUCAAAUGCUGUUAAACCUUUGUUAUAGUGGAUUUUUUGAUUCGUUCAUGUGGAUGUGUUUGCUC